AAAGCAUCAACUUCAAAUUGUAUCUGAGAGAUCAGCCUGGAGACCUCAGGGCCGGGCGCGUCAGUCGGAGCGCAAUUGUUGAUCAGAUCACAUCCAGCAGGACUUUCCGCGUGAAAGAAGGAGAAGAAGCCCAGAUUUUACCGGCGGUCUGCUCUGGCUGCACGCCUCCUGUGUCUCUGACUUCCCCCUUCCACUCCUCCGGGCUCUUUCCCCCCUGUUUCCCCCCCCCUUCUCUUUUGCGUAUACUUUUUGCUGUUGCGCACAGUUUUUGUUUCGGACGGUUUGGCCGCGCGACGUUAUUUGCGAGGGGGAGAUGUCGUUCCCGCAGUUAGGCUACCCGCAGUACCUCAGCGCCUCCCCGGCCGUGUACGGGGGCGACAGGCCCGGGGUGCUCACGCCGUCGUCCCGCGGAGGGAGCACCGAGAUCGGGGGGAGUCCCUCGGCCACCGCGGCCGCGGUCACGUCGGUGCUGGGCAUGUACGCCAACCCUUACGCGCACAACUACAGCGCGUUCCUGCCCUACACCAGCGCAGACCUGGCCCUCUUCUCACAAAUGGGAUCCCAGUAUGAGCUGAAGGAGAGUCCCGGGGUCCAUCCUGCCAGCUUCGCAGCCCACACGUCUCCUGCCUUCUACCCCUACGGCCAGUUCCAGUACGGAGACCCCGCCAGGCCCAAGAACGCCACCCGGGAGAGCACCAGCACCCUUAAAGCCUGGCUCAACGAGCACCGGAAGAACCCCUACCCCACCAAAGGGGAGAAGAUCAUGCUGGCCAUCAUCACCAAGAUGACCCUGACGCAGGUGUCCACCUGGUUCGCCAACGCCCGGAGGAGGCUCAAGAAGGAGAACAAGGUGACGUGGGGCAGCAGGAGCAAGGAGGACGGGGAGGACGGGAACCUGUUCGGCAGCGGGGACGAGGCGGAGAAAAACGAAGACGAGGAGGAGAUCGAUUUGGAGAGCAUAGACAUAGACAAAAUCGACGACAACGACGGGGAUCAGAGCAAUGAGGAUGACGACGAUAAAUCCACCGAGGGGAGCAGGGACCACAGGGGGGGCGUGGGUGCGCCCGGGGAGUUGGACAGCUUGGAGAAGAGACGGGCCUUAGCCCUGCAGGCCCACGAGGCCUUUGAGAAAUCAAAGAGCGCGCUCUCAGUCCACACCGGGGGGAAGGAGAACUCGGACGGGAACAACAACAACACGAGGGUUUUGUCCCCGGACAGACCGGGGAGUUUUCCUCUCCCGUCAAACAAUAAACCCAAAAUAUGGUCUUUAGCAGAAACCGCCACGAGCCCCGACAGCUCCUCUCAGAAACCCGCGUCUCCCUGCGGGCCGGGGGCCCCCACCACCACCAAUCACCACCAGAUCCAGACCCACCCGGCCUUCCUGCCCAGCCACGGACUGUACACGUGCCAGAUCGGAAAGUUCCACAACUGGACGAACGGCGCGUUCCUGGGCCAGAACUCCCUGCUGAACGUCAGGUCGUUUCUGGGAGUAAACCAGCACCAUCACCACAGCCACCACCAGCACCACCCCCCCCCCACCCAGCAGCAGCAGCAGCCCCCCGCGUCCGUGCUGGUGUCCCCGGGGGCGGCCGACAGCCGGACCCCGCCGGACACCCACAGUCCCAAGCACAUAGAGCACGAAAACGGCGUAAGAUCUGAUUCACCUCCAACGCAGAUCCUGAAGUCUUCUUUUCGACCCAUUCAUGACAGAUCCUCUCUGCCUUCCAGCGCCAGGAGUCCAGCAGACGCCACGCAACGGGUCCUCACUGCUCUCUCUUCGGCUUGAUCAAGACUAUUUUUUUUCCCCCUGCGCAUGGAGAAAAAAAAAACAGAUUAAGAAAAAAGAAGAAAUAAAGAAAAUAGACGCUUUCGACAUAAGGACAAUGAGAAAUAAUAAUGCAGUGUAGCAUUCAGUCGGUACGAAACAAAUGGCGUAAUUUGGUAUCCUGUGGAUGGAUGGAUUACUUCCUCUAUUGUUGUGUAGCCUAUAAUCGCGCCUAUAAUGUUACUCUCUCUUCCACUUUGCCCAGGCUGGGACAUUUUGGUAGGCUUUAUUAUUAUUAUUAUUAUUAUUAUUAUUAUUAUUAUUAUUAUUAUUAUUAUUAUUAGUCUCUAUCAUGUGUUUUUGGUGUCAUUUCUUUAAUGUAAAUACCAA